AUGUCGACGACUUCCCCUGAGACGAAAAGCAGAGGUCAUCCAGAAGCUAGUCCGCGAGCUUCAAAACGAGCAAGGACCGAUACAGAGACUUCAGAGAAGGGGCUCAAUGGCAGAAAUCGGCAUCGAAUUACACGAGCGUGCAACGAAUGCCGAAGACGCAAAGACCGAUGCGGCGGUCAACGACCUUCCUGCAAGUCAUGCAUCGAGAAUAACCGGACAUGCAGCUAUGGACCCUCAAAGAAGCGAGGACUACGACCAGGUUACGUGAGAGGCAUCGAAACAUUGCUGGGAUUAAUUUUCAAGUCUAUUCAAGGAAGUGAAGAGUGGAUAUAUGGGCUUCUUGAGGGCAAUAUUCAUCAAAUGUCUUUUUGUCCUGCGUCUGGUCCCCAAGCCGCCAAUAUCUCUGUUGAUCUUUUACUCGAAACAUGGCACAAGUCUUCUGUAGCUAGGAAGAUGGGAAGUCUUCUCGCUACAGAGGGUGAGUUUGAUGAAGAUGGCACCGACUCGAGUCAGUAUUUCGAUACAAAAGUGGUUGAGGGUCUUACGCUCUUGGUGUCGAGAAAGGAUGGGACAGGGGCUCUGAUGACACCAAUGGACACCAAUGAAACACAACCAGACCUUCCACCCUUCGACCAUUCUCCUUUAGCUAUUCCAGCAUCUUCGCCGCUUCAACCCAGUGGGGGGCUAAAACUUGAUACCACCAUCAGCCGCCAACCAGAACCCGCAUCACAACCCCUGAAGUCCAUGCCAUCUGCUGUCCCUGACCUUCCGAAGAACUGGUCAUAUCUCCUAGACCUCUACUUUGAGACUACGCAUUGCUGGUUUCCCAUCUCACAGAAACACGAGCUCUUGCGUUGCGCCUACACAUUAUCCAGUAGUCCAUCACCGGCUACUGUUGAUUCACAUACUUCAGGUGAAUUGGCAUUUCUUCAUGCAGUUCUAGCAUACGCAGCACAUCAAUCGGGUACUCUAUCAGAUGCCCCUAGAGAAAAGUUGAUAGACGCAUCUGAAGUCAAGUCACCGAGAGAUCUGACACAAACCUUUCUAUUCGCGAACCCAGCCAAUUACGAUAUCGGACAUGUUCGAGCCCUUCUCAUCAUGUGUCUCUUUGAGAUGAAUCAAAAGCACUGGACCGCGGCCUGGAAAAGCAUAGGACGCGCUGUGUAUACAUCAGUCUCCAUUGGAAUACUACCUCGAAGUUCAUCAGCCACAAAUUCACAAGCACCGGAUGGAACCAAGCGGACAAUCCUGGGAUGUGCAACACUCGAAACUAUCAUUGCAGCACGUUUAAAUACGGCACCGUAUCUUGCCGCAUCAGAUAUACUCCACCAAGGCGGCCUAUUCACGGACGGAAAUGAAGAAUGGGAGCCAUGGCAGGUCAAGAUUCUCGCUGAGGCAGGCGAUGAGCGAGAUCAACAAAGUUCAAACGCCCAUGUGCCUGGACAUGUCAUAAGCACUUUUAAUCAACUAUUACGAACUAUGGCUCUACUCAACGAGCUGGCUUGCCAACCCAAGAGCCCUGGUACUGAGAGAAGCCUCCAAGAACUCCUUCAUUCAUGCAGAGAGAACCUUAAUAUCCUGGGUGGUCUCAAAACUGCUGUCGACUUGACCCCCCAGGCAAUUAGCCUGUGGAUCACCUCGACUACUGUAUUUGAGAUUGCAGCUGCUGCUGUCUUGAAUUUCCCUAAUAUCGGCUUGCAACGUCCAGACGGCUAUUGGGAGAACAUUGCAAGGGUAGCCAGGCUGAUCGAGAAGAGAGUUCAAUCAAUAGGGCGUUGCUGUAUUUCCCCGGUCAUAGAGGCUUGUAUGGGACUAUUGCAGCAGUCUUUUGAUCGCAGGCAGCUACAAUAUGUUGGCAAUGGCGUAGCAGGCGAUCCAAGCCUUGCAAGACAAGCUAUAACGAAUGCUUUGGCAGCUUUGCAAGAUCCGUUGCGAGGAGAGCCCCAACUUGGCAUGGGGGAUGACUCGCAACUAAUAUCCACGAACGUUUCAGAACAUGCUCUAUUGACAAUACAGCCGGCACUUGGCAAAAACGGCGCAACAUCGAAUUAUGAGCUUCCCCGAACACCCUCAACAUUUCUGUCAAACAGAAUUGAUCCCUCAGUGUCACAAAACCCAUCAUCAAGUAAUGUCACCGUACAAACACCAGGCGGAUUAUCUUUCCCACUUGAUCCAUCAUUGACCGCCAAUAUUGAAGAUGACGGUCUUUUUGACAGCCUCGCUACGUUGGACUCAACGGAUUGGCUGGCGAACCCACCAGAAUUCAUGCAGCAUCUUGGAAUGCUUGAAGAUGCGCCUAAUAAUCUUGAACACAUCUUUGACAUGGGAUUCUGA